AAUGCAUUUUUGUUUUACCAAUCGUACAGAUAUAACAUUUUUCGAGAAAAAAUUAACUGAAAACGUUUCUUUAUUUGUUAGUGAAAAUAUGAAACAUGUUAGUGAAAUAAUUUCAUGGACUCAAAUUGUUAAUAAUUUACACAAGUUUAUGGAAUUUACAUAAAUUAUACAGAAAUUGUAUCUUUCGAUUAAACAUUUCAAAUAUUAAAAUGUGCUCUAAAUAGCAUAAAUAUAUAGUAAUUUGUACAAUCACUCUAAUUUUGAAAAAACAAUUUUUAACUUUUGCUGUAAGAAGAUAAUGAGUUAUGUUUGGUUGAGGCUAUCUUUCUUGCAUACCAACUUCCGUUGUGUUCUUCCACUUCUCCCUUUUCUACUCUUGAUUACGCUGUUGCCAAAUGUUAUAAAAUGAAACAGAUGUGAAAGUUCAGUGUAACUUUAAGAUUUAAUUCCGCGAUGUAUAUAUUGUAUAUUUCUCUCUUUCUUGUUUACGUAUUGUUAAAAUAUUUUCCUUACUUUAGAGACGAAAUAUAAAAGUUAAUUAAUCGAUUAAUUACCUUUUUCUGAUUUUAAUUAUAUCAAGUUUUAUUAAUCUUUCAUGAGAGAGAUAUGAACAUUAAAAAAUAUAUACUGUUUGAAAAAGUUUGUUUUAAAGUUAGAUACGUUGUUAAUAACUGUAUCAUUUUUUAUUAUGUGUAUAUGUAUUUUAUAUCGUAUAAACGUGUUUCAGUCAUUGUAAAAUUUUUCGACAUCGGCAUCGGUACUACGUUUCUUUUAAACGGGAACAUUAGAAAAGUAUGCGUUUUGAAAAAAAGAGAAAAAAGUCCAUUACAGAUUUCUAGUAUACAAUUUAAUAAACCGGUUUAGUGAUCUGUAUAAACUACAAUUUUUCCUAAUAGUAUCACAACAUUAUUAUUAGAUUAAAAGUCAAAAUCUUAUAACGUCAUUUGUGGAAGGUUCUUAAUUUUCUUUAACUAAGAUUUAAUAAAUGAUCUUCGUACUUAUUAAAAUAUAUUAUAUAUAUAUAUAUAUAGUAUUUAUUACAUAUUUUCAGUUUUAUAUAAAAACUUUAAAAUGGAAAGUAGCAUGAAGUGUUUAGGUGUUUUUAGUUGACCAAUAAAUUUAGUAAGAUUUUGUAACAUUAAAUUAUAGUAUUAAAUAAUGUAAAAUGUUAGUUGCUACGCCCUUGUCGAUGCAUUUCAUUCUCAUGAGCAUACAGUGGUGUAAUGCAACAAGAGAAGUUGAAAUACGGGCCAUACAAGCGGCAACGUUGCACAGGGCGGUGAACAGAGCAUGAGCCUGUGUAAACUCUAAGAAUCGAGAAGGAGAGAGAGAGAGAGAGUUCUCGGAAGUUUUCGUUUGUGUGCGAUACGUAGGCUGCGUCAUUUCAACGUUAUGUACUGAGAAAAGUCCAUGAUACUCCGUCAUUCACGAAUCAUAACGGCAUUGUAAUCAUCUAACAAGUUUAGAGUUCUUUCCCCUUCCCUCUUUCUUAUCAAAUGCGGGUGGUAUGUCCCAUAAAUGUAUUAUACGAUCGUACAUACAACGCAGUAUAUAUUUAAAUAUGCAUAUUCCAUAUGUUGCACAAUUUUAUUAUAUAUAAUUGCAAGUUAACUUUACUUAUUUUUAUUAAUAAAAUGAAAUUGAUGCUAUGAAAGAUAUUUAGAGUAGAAAAAAUAAUUGCAGGUUUGAAGACAUUUUUAACAAUAAUUCAAAUAAAAUGAUUAGUAUAAUCAAACACAGAGACUUAGGAAAUGAUACAAACUUAAAAUCUUCAGGAAAUGUACAUUUAACACCAUCAGUUUCUGUAACACCUGAUAUAUGUCAUGAUGAAGCAGAUAAUAUAGAUUACCAUUUUGAAGCAGCAAGACUUCAGAGUUUUGAAAAUUGGCCUGUAACAUACAUUGAACCUGAAAAGCUUGCAGCUGCAGGAUUUUAUUAUACGGGUGAAAGUGACAAAGUAAAAUGUUUUGAAUGUGAAGUUGAGAUAUGUAAAUGGGUAGAAGGUGAUAUACCCAUGGUCGAUCAUCAGAGAUGGUCUGCAAGGUGUAGAUUUAUUCGUAAACUGAACUGUGGUAAUAUACCCAUUGGAGUAGAUCCUGGUACGGUGAUACCACCAAGACCAAGAAGUAGAGAUGUAUGUAGUCCUUAUGGUUUAGAAUAUCGACCUACAUCUGGUCCCGAUGACCAUAAUUUUUCAAUGGAAUUACAACUAGCAAGCACAGCUAAACUUGGCUGUUUAGGUCUGGGAAGAACUAAGGGACCAGUACAUCCAGAAUAUGCUAGUUAUGAUGCUAGGUUACACACAUUUGUAACAUGGCCUAAAUCUAUGCCACAAACAAAAGAACAAUUAGCCGAUGCAGGCUUUUUUUAUACUGGGAAAGGUGACCAAACCUUGUGUUACCACUGUGGAGGUGGUUUGAAAGAUUGGGAACCAGAAGAUGAUCCUUGGGAGCAACACGCUAAGUGGUUUUCUAAAUGCUGUUAUUUAUUAAUCGUGCAAGGGCAAGAUUAUGUAAAUAAAAUAACAGGCCAGCAUAUAUCUCCACCUUCUAAAGAAGAAACAAUGCAGAUGAAUCUACCCAGUUUUAUUAAGAAAGUACAACCUACAAGUGUAGAAGUAGAAAGGAAAGAAGAGACAGAAAGCAAACCAGGAUCAAGUUCUCAAAAUAAUGAUAUUUGGGGUAUUGCAAGCAAUACAGAACCCAUAAAAAGAAGUUUAGAAUCCGAGCCAGCAGAAAAUCCAUCAAAUAUAAAAACACAAAAUACCAAACCUACUGAUGAUGCAAGAAUGUGCAAAAUCUGUUAUAACGGAGAAUUAGGAGUGGUAUUUUUACCAUGUGGACAUAUGGUUGCUUGUGUAAAAUGUGCUCCUGGCAUGACAACUUGUGCAGUAUGUAGAGAACCUGUUACGAUGACUGUACGAGCUUUCAUCCCAUAGUAUUCCAUACAUAUUCAUAGUAUUACUACAAUUAUAGAUAAAAAUACAUUGCAUACAUGGAUGAUAUAUUUAUGGUGAUUCUGUCCUUUGAAUUUUACUUUUAAGUGUUUUUUCGAACCACCAGAAACAGCAUUAAAGAUAAGCAUAAUACAACUAAGAAUAAAUCGAGUUGCAGGUGUGCUGGUUGAAAAUCGACUGGGACUCGGAUUCGAACUUAUGGAUCUCUCGGUUACGAAUCCAAGCCCCAGCUAACCGAGCCAGCACAGCUCUAUAGUAUUUGUAUACAUCCUGAUAAUGAAUAAUUUCGCCUUCCCGAAAUGCUUCGAUACAACUCAAAAAAGCGAAAGAAAUCAAAUUGUAACGAAAAAACGCGCUAGUUUCGAGAGCAAUAAAGCGAAAGAAGCCAAGUCGUCGCCAUGAGUGUACGUUAGACUUUCUCAAUUCUUCACAUCAAUGUAUAAAGAAAUUCAUUUUUAACAUGUAUCACGAUUAAAAAGUAUUUAUCACUUAUCAUAGCAAAUGUAAGUAUUUGGUAUAGGGGAUUAAAGGAUUAGAAAAUAAUAAAAUAGAAUACGAAAUGCAUUACAAUCUUGCAUUUUUAUUAAAUUUCUCUAGUUAAAUAUUGAUUUUUUGAAGACAGUUAAAAGUAAAGUGCAAAGUGUGGAAUUAUUACAAAUAUAUUUCCUGUAUGUAACAGAUCUUUAUCUACAAUUGUUCCAUUCAUUUCCAUUGCAGUUUCUACUUCAUGCGUUAAGUAAAGUAAAUAAUUUAUGUGAACCUAAAAUAAUACAAUAAAAAUUAGCGUAUGUAAAAAACAAUUUCGGUAUUUAAAAAUACAAUUACGAAUGAAAAGUACAAACACGUUUAUUAACAUUUCCAAAUUUUUAAAUUAUUAUUAUUCAUAUAUUGUUAUUUAUUCAAGCAAAUUUAUUCCAUGUGAAGUUGAAUAUUGGGUAAAAUUGCUAAAUUUUAUGUAAUAUUCUAAGAUAUUCUAAAAUUUUGUAUAUUCAAAAUUUACACGCCAAUAUUAUUAAUUUUCUAUUUAUUGCGCCUUUUUUUAUACAUAUGUUAAAUGGAUUGUCGUAUCUUUUUUUGUUUGUUUCUUUAAUACGUUGUUACAUAUACAUUUACAUGUUCUGUAAAAAUCAUCAAAAUCCUAAAAGCGUUUUUGUAAUAUGUCGAAAAUAGGAUACAAAUUUCAUUAAAGUAUGUAUGUAUAUUAGAAAUAUAACUUUUUUAAUGACCAUGUAUAAUAAAAAAGUACAAUAUCUUUA